GCGGGUGGUCGGCUGGGGUCCUGCUCCUGGAGAACAUGGCGCGGCCUCCCGGGGGCUCCGGUGCCCUCCUGGAUUCAGAGCAUUCUUCACUCCAGAAUAAUGACCAACCCUCUUUGGCCACCAGCUCCAAUCAGACUAGCAUACAGGAUGAACAACCGAGUGAUUCAUUCCAAGGACAGGCAGCCCAGUCUGAUGUUUGGAAUGACGACAGUACGUUAGGGUCUAGUCAAAAUUUUGAAGCUGAGUCAAUUCAAGAUAUUGAGGAUAUGGCAGAGGGCACAGGUUUCUAUCCCUCAGAACCCAUGCUCUGUAGUGAAUCGGUGGAAGGGCAAGUGCCACAUUCAUUAGAGACCUUGUAUCAAUCAGCUGACUGUUCUGAUGCCAAUGAUGCCUUGAUAGUGUUGAUACAUCUUCUCAUGUUGGAGUCAGGUUACAUGCCUCAGGGCACCGAAGCCAAAGCACUGUCCAUGCCGGAGAAGUGGAAGUUGAGCGGGGUGUAUAAGCUGCAGUACAUGCAUCCUCUCUGCGAGGGCAGCUCCGCUACUCUCACCUGUGUGCCUCUGGGAAACCUGAUUGUUGUAAAUGCUACACUGAAAAUCAACAAUGAGAUUAGAAGUGUGAAAAGAUUGCAGCUGCUACCAGAAUCUUUUAUUUGCAAAGAGAAACUAGGGGAACAUGUAGCCAAGAUAUACAAAGAUCUUCAGAAACUCUCUCGUCUCUUUAAAGACCAGCUGGUGUACCCUCUUCUGGCUUUUACCCGACAAGCACUGAGCCUACCAGAUGUAUUUGGGUUGGUCGUCCUCCCCUUGGAACUGAAACUACGGAUCUUCCGACUUCUGGAUGUUCGUUCCGUCUUGUCUUUGUCUGCAGUUUGUCGUGACCUCUUUACUGCUUCAAAUGACCCGCUUCUGUGGAGGUUUUUGUAUCUGCGUGAUUUUCGAGACAAUACUGUCAGAGUUCAAGACACAGAUUGGAAAGAACUGUACAGGAAGAGGCACAUACAAAGAAAAGAAUCCCCCAAAGGGCGGUUUGUGAUGCUCCUGCCGUCGUCAACUCACGGCAUUCCAUUCUAUCCCAACCCCUUGCACCCUAGGCCAUUUCCUAGCUCCCGCCUUCCUCCAGGAAUUAUCGGGGGUGAAUAUGACCAAAGACCAACACUUCCCUAUGUUGGAGACCCAAUCAAUUCACUCAUUCCUGGUCCUGGGGAGACGCCCAGCCAGUUCCCUCCACUCAGACCACGCUUUGAUCCAAUUGGCCCACUCCCAGGACCUAACCCCAUCUUGCCAGGGCGAGGCGGCCCCAGUGACAGAUUUCCCUUUAGACCCAGUAGGGGUCGGCCAACUGACGGCCGCCUGUCAUUCAUGUGAUUGAUUUGUAAUUUCAUUUCUGGAGCUCCAUUUGUUUUUGUUUCUAAACUACAGAUGUCAACUCCUUGGGGUGCUGAUCUCGAGUGUUAUUUCUGAUUGUAGUGGUGAGAAUUGCACUCCCAGAAGCCUUUUAAGAGAUAUAUUUACAGCCCUUAGGGGUGGUGUGACCCAAAGGUUCCUUUGUGGCAAGGUUGGCCUUGGGAAUAGUUGACUGCUGAUCUCCCUGCUCUUGGUUCUCCUCUAGAUCGAAGGUUGUUUUCUGAUGCUGUUCUUACCAGAUUAAAAAAAAGUGUAAAU